AUGGGUCCCAUUCCCUACGAGAAGCUUCAGGAGUGGAAGCAACAAGUCAAUUCCCUGGACGACGCUUUCAUAACUGGAAUCCCCAAAGUCGAGCUCCAUGUUCAUAUCGAAGGGACUCUGACGCCCGAGCUCCGCUUCAAGCUCGGGCAGCAAAACAACAUCCCUCUCCACUCAAAGCGACUGAACAAAACUUUCACCACUUUGGAUGAACUGAAAGGCAUGUACAACCUCCUUCAGCCUCGGAGCAUCAAAGGAGCAAAUCAGGUUUCUGCAUUUUUCGAUGCAUACUAUGGUGGCAUGGAAGUUUUGAGAACACAGCAGGAUUUCUAUGAGCUGGCUAUGGAUUAUUUUGAGAAAGCUGCCAAGAUGAAUGUGAGAUAUUGUGAGCCAUUCUUCGACCCCCAGGCCCACACCCGUCGGGGCGUCGAAUUUAAAACAUUCAUGGAAGGGUUCAAGAGGGCACAGAUCGACGCGGAGAGGGAGCUCAAUGUUAAAUCGCAAUGGACAAUGUGCAUGCUACGCGACGUACCGCCCGAGUCAGCAAUGGAACACUACGAAGCCGCACUGCCAUACAGAGAAAUGAUCGUAGGCAUUGGCCUCGACUCGAACGAGUAUGACCGUCCACCAUCGCUCUUCGAGCCGCUUUACCUUCGCGCGCGGGCAGACGGCUUCAAACUCACUUGCCACUGCGAUGUCACACAGAAAGACACGCAUGAGCACAUCCGGCAGGUGGCUGAGUGUGUUGGAGGCACGGGUGCCGACCGGCUCGACCACGGACUCGAUGCUGCCGAGAAGCCUGAAUUGGUUGCACUGAUCAGGGAAAAGGGAAUUGGGCUGACCCUUUGCCCUUGGGCUUAUGUGAGGCACCACAAGGAAGAGGACCUCUUUGCUCAUGUCAGGACACUCUUUGAUGCUGGAAUCAAUGUCAGUUGUGACAGUCCGGCAUAUGUUGAAAGCAAUUGGAUCACUCAGAAUUUGGUAUUACUGAAAAUGAAGGCUCAGUUCACGAAUGAGGAGAUUGCGAGAGUGGAGAAGGAUUCUGUUGACAUGUGUUGGGCCAAAGAGGAUGUGAAAAGAGCCCUUCGAGAAGAGAUUGAGUCAUUUUGUGCGACUGGUGCUUCGAGUUAG